AUGAUUUUCAAGGUUGGAAACAAAUUACCCAGCGUGGAUCUUUUUGAGAACACGCCAGCAGAUAAGGUGAAUCUAGCAGAGACUGCAGCUCAGAAGAAAAUCAUAGUGUUUGGUGUGCCAGGUGCAUUUACUCCUGGUUGCUCAAAAACUCAUUUGCCUGGUUAUAUCGUAAAGGCAGAUGAAUUAAAGUCCAAAGGAAUUUCUGAAAUCUUUUGUAUCAGUGUUAAUGACCCAUUUGUUAUGGCAGCUUGGGGAAAAGAACAUGGUGCAGCAGGAAAAGUACGAAUGCUAGCUGAUCCUAAAGCAGAGUUCACAGAAGCUGUAGAUCUUGCUGUAGAUUUAUCAGUCUUGGGAGGCAAACGCAGCAAACGUUAUUCUAUGGUGAUUGACGAUGGAAUUGUAAAGGAGAUUAAUAUGUCAACUGGACCUACACAUAAACAUCGUUACAAAAAUGUAGGAUUAGAUUCACAAGAACUGCGAAGACGCAGAGAAGAAGAGGGAGUCCAAUUAAGAAAACAGAAACGUGAGCAGCAAUUAUCAAAACGUCGCAAUGUCCCAAACAUUGUUGCAGAUGAUGAUAAUGUUACGUCUACAGACGAAUAUUCACUUUCUAUCGGUACAGCAGAAUCGUCUCCUGGUAUUAUAACAUCUGAAAUGGUAGAUGCAUUAUAUAGUCCUAACAUACAAGAUCAAUUGGCAGCUACGCAGAAAUUUAGAAAAUUAUUAUCGAGAGAGCCAAAUCCUCCUAUAGAUGAGGUGAUACAGACAGGAAUUGUACCACAAUUUGUUGAAUUCCUUAAAAAUAAUACAAAUUGCACUCUGCAGUUUGAAGCAGCAUGGGCUCUAACAAAUAUAGCAAGCGGUACAUCUCAACAAACACGUAUUGUGAUAGAUGCAGGAGCUGUUCCUACUUUCAUAUCCUUACUUGGCUCUGAAUAUGAAGAUGUGCAGGAACAAGCUGUAUGGGCAUUGGGCAAUAUUGCAGGCGAUAGUCCCGAAUGUAGAGAUCAUGUCUUAGCCAAUGGUAUCCUCACACCACUUCUGCAACUAUUAUCAAAGACAACACGACUUUCUAUGACUCGCAAUGCGGUAUGGGCAUUAUCAAAUCUCUGUCGAGGAAAAAAUCCAGCACCAGCUUUUGCAAAGGUUGUACCAUGUUUACCGGUGUUGGCACAUCUUCUCAAUCAUACUGACUAUGAUGUACUCGCUGAUGCUUGUUGGGCUCUUUCUUACUUGAGCGAUGGCCCAAAUGAUAAAAUACAAGCUGUUAUUGAUGCUGGCGUUUGUAGACGUCUCGUAGAACUUCUCAUGCAUGAACAAGAUAAUGUAAUAAGUGCGGCUCUUCGUGCUGUAGGAAAUAUAGUUACUGGAGAUGAUGCGCAAACGCAAGUUGUAUUAAAUUGCUCGGCAUUACCUUGUCUAUUACAUCUUUUAAGUUCGCCACGGGAAAGUGUUCGUAAAGAGGCUUGUUGGACAGUCUCUAAUAUUACUGCCGGUAAUCCCCUACAAAUACAAGCGGUGAUUGAUGCUAAUAUCUUUCCGGUUUUAAUCGAAAUUUUAAGUAAAGCUGAAUUUAAGACACGUAAAGAAGCUGCAUGGGCAAUUACAAAUGCUACUAGUGGUGGAACAGCUGAUCAAAUUCGAUAUCUAGCAGUGCAAGGAUGUAUUCCGCCGCUCUGCGACUUGCUUACUGUUAUGGAUAUCAAGAUUGUUCAAGUCGCUUUGAAUGGUAUAGAAAAUAUUUUACGCCUGGGAGAACAAGAUGCAUCUAUGCAUAAUGGUCUCAAUCCUUAUGCAGUUCUUAUCGAAGAAUGUUAUGGCCUAGAUAAGAUAGAAUUCUUGCAAUCGCACCAAAAUAUGGAUAUUUAUCAAAAGGCCUUUGAUAUUAUCGAACGAUACUUUGGGUCUGAGGAAGAAGAUACCCGACUUGUACCUUCAAUCGAUUCACAAGGCCAAGAAUACCAGUUCACCGCACCAGAUUCUUCCCAAUUACCAGUGCAAGGCUAUGAAUUCUAAUCAUCUGUUUUUAAAUUUCUCAAUACAACUCUGUUUCAUUAAACGUUAACAUUAUUCUUUCUACAAGGAUUUAUAAUAUUCUAAAAAUUUUAGUAGGGGAGAUCGCGCAUGGGGCUAUCAGUCUACGGGAGCUAGGUA